AUGUGGCAACUGCACACCACAGAGCAUACUAAUCAGGACAAUAAUCAAAGUAUACUAAUCAAAGGAGUGGAAACUGAUCACAGGGCUCUGAUACCAACUGCUACUCUAGAAAAGAGGAGAGGAGAGGAGAGGGUUUCAGAGGAUCCACAUCAAGACAUCAAAGCACUCUUGGCAAGAUUCAGUGGUAACCCUGAGUCUGAGUCCCAAUUAAAAUUGCUUUUACCUCGUAUAGUUUCAUCUUUCGGCGCAAGUAAAUCAGUUAAUGAGACAAUUGAGGAACUGAAAAAGCGUCAGCUGAGUGGUGAAGCAGCUGUGGUAGAGUGGGCUAAUGAAGCCCUUCAAGGUCUUGGAAAAGGUGCUCUUUUUUCGCUUUGCUUAACACAAAAUUAUUUCUCUAAAGUUGCCUCUGCACAUGGAAAAACUGGCAACGAAUUGUCCACACUAAGCGCUGUGAUGAAAACCGAAUAUCGCAUUGCCAUAAGGUCUUCUCUACGAAAUGAUUUUGCUGAAGGUGUCCGGGCAGUUUUGGUGGACAAGGAUCAGAACCCAAAGUGGAGUCCUGGAAGUUUGGAGGAAGUAAAUCACAGUGAAGUGGAAACUUUCUUUGAACCAUUGAGCCAAGAAGUUGAGGAGUUGAGAGUGUGAUUGAUGCGUUAUGACUUUCAUAGUUAUUUCCUUUUUUAUUUGGGCUAUAUAAGGUGGGCUUUGCCCCCAGUGGGUUUUAAAUGUAAGGGAUGAACCGGACUUGCCAAUCGACCUUGAGGUCUUUGGCAACCUCCAUGUCCAUCUCACCUGCCCACUUGCCCAACCCGCCCGUACCCAACCCGCUACAA